UGGGACUCCUCCCUUUUAGAUGUACCUGCUCAGACUAAGUUUGAUUACACGGUGACUGCCCUAAAUGGAGGGCCUCAACCUCCCUCGCCCUAUGACGAGCAAUACAAAAAGACCACAUUCAAGGGUGGUGCAAUUGCAGGACAGCUGACAACAGUAGGGAUGCUGCAGAUGUUUGCCCUGGGGGAAAGGCUGAGGAGAAGCUAUGUGGAAGAAGCUAACUUUCUCUCACCAACGUUUAAGCCUACUGAGGUCUUCAUCCGUUCCACUAAUAUUUUCCGGAAUCUGGAGUCCACACGGUGCCUGCUAGCUGGGCUGUACCAACAGCAGAAAGAAGGAUCUGUUGUCAUUGUCACUGAUGAAGCAAGCUCUGAAAUGCUCUACCCCAAUUACCACAACUGCCAGCGCCUGAAGUGCUUGAGCAGGCAUAAAUUGAAGAAUGCUCUGCAACAGCCAGGUAUCUCUGAUGACUUGAAAACAAUUAAGGAGAAGAUGGGCAUUGAUGGUGAUAAGCCUGUGGAUUUUUUUCUCCUCCUUGAUAACAUUCUUGCUGAGCAGGUGCACAAUUUGCCAAGCUGCCCUGUGCUGAAGAACUUCCAGCAGACAGUUGAGCGUCGAUCUGUUGACUCGCUGCUUUUCCUUCUGGAGUAUGGUUCAAGAGAAGUUCUCCAGAUGUGUGUUGGUCUCCUUUUCUAUACCUUACAGAAGAACAUUACAGAAGCAGUAGAUCCCUCAUCUCCAGCUGAAAAGGCCAGAAAGCUCAUUCUCUAUGCUUCUCAUGACACUACCCUUGUUCCUCUCCUGGUGGCACUGGGCACCUUUGAUCACAAGUGGCCACCUUAUGCUGCAGAUGUGACCCUGGAACUGUAUCAGCACCGGCAGUCCAGAGAGUGGUUUGUUCGCAUGUCUUACCAUGGAGAGGUAAGAUCCCAGGGGAAGUCCAUCUUACAGACCUUGGGCUUUUGGUUUUGCCAUGCAUGCGUGCAAAGCUGUGAAACAAGACUUACUCUGAUUGUGCCAUCAAGCCAGCUAAGAGUAAGACACCUAGAGCACAUCCAUGAUAGCCAAGGUAUCUUUUCUGUUGAGCUGGCUAUUGAUCUAGCGUGAGUUUAGGCAAAGGCUUUAAACCUCUGACUCUGUGUCUUUGCCUCAACUAACAUGUUUCCCUGCCACAGAAUGCAUCAGUAUCAGCACAGAAGGGCUUUGCCAAUACACGUGAUUUGUGGUUUUGUCUCUUUGC